AUGACGGAUAUUGGCUGGGGAUGGUUGGCGGACAUGGAAGGGUUCGGCACCCUUGGGGACAAGGUUGACGAUUUCAAACUCUUAUCUUCAGAGGAGCUUGUGAGUUUAAAUGCCACCUUGUCGCCCUUGAAGCAUGCAUCACACGGGAUGAUAUUCGCUAGACGCAGCAAAUUGCUGUGGGAUCUGUAUGAUAUGAAAGGAAUGGUUAUGAUGCAGUUGAGGUUUGACGGAGUCCUAGGUUUUCCAGGCGGCCUUGUUGACGAUGGAGAAACACCCUUGCAGGGAGUCAACAGAGAAAUGCAUGAAGAGAUUGGCCUUGACCUGAGCAAAUACUCUUUUACCGAUGGAGAUAGAAUAGCCUCGUAUGUACAUGAAGGGAAAAAACUGGUUCUUCAUUUCUACAUGAUGGAGGUUUCACCUGAAGAUUUUGUACUUCUAGAGCAGAGAACGUUAAGUGCUGAAGAGUAUGGAAUAGAGACGUAUGGUGUCGUGAGAGUUCCACUGUUUACCAUGGGUGAUGGUGUGAGAGGAUUUCCUGCAUUCCUCGCUAACCAGUUUGCUGGAAACGCCAGAGAUGAACUUAUACGAGGGCUGUUGUGUUCUAAACUGUUUACCCAGCAAGAAAUGUCAGUGGCCUUGAAAGCUUAUUUGAGUCACUCAGAGAAACUAAAGGUUGAAACCGUUACCAGCAAAGCAAAUUAA